AUGUCAGCAAGACCAAAAUUACUCUCGCUUGAUGCAUUUGCCAAAACGGUAGAAGAUGCACGUAUAAAGACUGCAUCAGGAGGUAUUAUCACCCUUUUAUGUAUCGUGAUUGCAUUAUUUCUUAUAAGAAAUGAAUACACUGAUUAUACAACAUUAAUAACCCGACCUGAAUUAGUUGUUGAUAGGGACAUUAAUAAACAAUUAGAUAUUAAUUUAGAUAUUUCAUUUCUCAAUUUACCUUGUCAAGCUGUUAGUAUUGACAUUUUAGAUGAAACUGGUGAUAUGCAAUUAGAUAUUAUUCAUUCUGGAUUUCAAAAAAUAAGAUUAAUUAAAGAAAAUGGUGCCAUAAUCGAUGAAAGAUUGGAUGAGAUACCCGAGAUUAACAGUAAGGUUCCGUUAAGUGAAGCUGCCAAGGGAUUACAAGAAGGUCAAGAUCCAAAAACUUGUGGAUCAUGUUAUGGUGCCCUUCCACAAGAUAAACACCAAUAUUGUUGUAAUAAUUGUGAAACUGUUCGUCGUGCAUAUGCCGAACGUUCCUGGUCCUUCUUUGAUGGUGAAAACAUCGAACAAUGUGAAAAGGAAGGAUAUGUGAAGAAGAUCAGAGAUAGAGUGGCCAAGAAUGAAGGUUGUAGAAUUAAAGGGACAGCAAAAAUCAGUCGUGUAUCAGGAUCAAUGGAGUUUGCUCCAGGGUCAUUAUUCACUAGUGAUGGAAGACAUGCUCAUGAUCUCUCUCUUUAUGCCAAAUAUGGUGAUAAAUUAAACUUUGACCAUAUUAUCAAUCAUUUAUCUUUUGGAACAAACGGUCAAUCCACAUUGUCAACUACUACCACUCAUCCACUUGACGGACAUCAAUUCUUGCUUCACCAAAAAGCACAUCUUGCAUCUUAUUACUUAAAAGUAGUCGCUACUCGUUUUGAAUCAAUCACUAAGGAAUCAAUCGACACAAAUCAAUUCAGUGUAAUCACUCAUGAUAGACCAUUAAUCGGAGGUAAGGACGAAGAUCAUCAGCAUACUAUGCAUGGUAGAGGUGGUGUUCCUGGAGUUGAAUUCCACUUCGAUAUAAGUCCAUUAAAGAUUAUUAAUCGCGAGCAAUAUGCUAAAUCAUGGAGUGGGUUCGUCUUAGGAUGUGUCAGUUCAAUCGCUGGGGUAUUAAUGGUGGGGACUUUGAUUGAUAGAACUGUUUUUGCUGCUCAAAAUGCUAUCAAGGGGAAGAAGGAUAUGUAA